AUGGCUGAUCCCUUCGAGGUGCGCAUGCGCUUCACGACACAGCUCCAGCAUCUGAGCGCCUCUGUCACCUCCUCGCAGAAAGCCGCUCAUUAUGCACUCAAAUACCGGGAUAUGGAUGAGGACCUUCACUCCUGCAUUCUCGAACAGCUAGAAAUGAAUAGUAUGAACAACCGUGCCAAUAUCAUGUACUUCAUCGAACACCUCUGCGAUAUGGCCACCAAGGAAAACCACCUCGAAUUCGUCCGCAUGAUGCAGCGCGAUAUCCUCCGUGUUGUCGACGCGGUUGCCCCGCCAGAUGGCUCCGGUGCCGCAAAUGUCAAACAUGUUCGCCGCGUGCUAAAUGGAUUGCAGGCAAAAUCGUUCCUCUCCGCAGAUACUGUCCGUGAAAUCGAUGCAUUUCUCAAAGAGAGAGAAAGUCACCCAGCGCAUCUUCUUGACCUUGAGUUUGUGGAGCCCGGCCAGACGACCAUUGAAGGCGGCGAUUCGGUCAAGGCCCCAGGCCCCACGACUAGGCCGAGCGGCAUUAAGGUGGAUAAACGGCAGAUUGAACAGCGGAUCGAGGAGGAUAGGGAGCGGAAUAAGCGGCUACGGGAGUCAAUGUGGGCUGUGCCGGGGAAUGAUGCGGAUGAGUUUGACAAGAUGUGGGAUGAAGUUAGUGAUCUUGGAGAAGAUGAUUAUUUAGCAGCUGAGGAGGAAGCGAUGGAGAGGAAACGAAUUGCGGAGGAGGUUAAUCUACUACAAAUUUCUCGGAACAACAUAACUCCGGACUACAAAUUUCUGAUCCCAUCUCGAAGCUUGACCCUCGAAUCAGCAAUAAAAGUACGGAUUAUCUCGAGGCUUGGUUUUUCAACCUUGUUCAUUUGUUACCUUAUGUUCUCUCAUAUCGUCACAGCUGCCCGAGGCAUAUUUGUGAGACCGGACCCUGGGGUCGAACAAAACAUUCCCACCCCAGACCAAAUAGCCAAUCCCACUCCCACAAACUCGUCACCUAAGAUGGUGUCCGCUACUAGACGGACUGUGUACCCAACCGCGGAGGAGGAGCCGGUGAACUCAUCACCCGCUACAAAUGGGAAGCGAAAGGCUGCUGCCUCGGAAGAUGAGACGGAAAGCCAAUCGCCCAAACGAAGAAAGCAGAAAAAUUCCAGUUCCACUACCACCAGCUCCCCGGCUCCUCAACCUGUUGACGAAGAAAACGCCAUUGUAAAAAGCCUACCCUUCCGUACCGCCGAUUCAAGCGACAUUGCCGAGCACGAAAUACAACCCGAAGAGGAAAAUUUACAUGUUUCAACCAGUACAUCCACGGAGCCUGAUCGGGUUCAGGUAAAUUCCACCGCCAAGGCGACACAUGUUCGUUUUGGAAACGAGGAACCGGCUCCGGUUCUCAUUGGGAAGAAUGAGCAAGCUUCGGAUGAAGAGAAUCCCAAAGAGUCUAAUGAUGUGGAAGACAGUGAGGAUGAUGAGGCACCCGAAACAAUAGACAACGCUACGCAACUACAGGAAUUAAAGGAAAAUGCCCGAAAAGAAACGAAGGCUAAGCAAAGGACCGAAGAGCUGAAUAAAGCAAAACGAAGAGAGCGGGAUCAACGACUGAAAGCCCAAGCAGUCUCAAAACAAGCCCCGGUAAUAAUUGAACACGCCUUUUCCAUUCCACAAGAUCACCGCGCAGGGGAAAAUGAACUUCUCUCCGAAAGCUCCGCGACAUUCCAGGGAUCUCUUUCCAAACCCAUCAGAUCGCUUCCCAAGCUGCUCCCGGAUGAGAUCUUGAACGCAGAACCUACAUCAAACGAUAGUAGAAUCACCCGCAUAUCUGAGAUAGUGUUGUCGUCCAUGCCAAAAUCAAAGAAACAUAAGUUUCUAGAUAAUAUUGAGAAGGAGCCGAAGGAUAUUAGGAUUGGUGGGACAUCGAUUCGUGUCCUGGAGAGCACGGAAAUCAGUGAUUCGAGUAGGAUCAGCCUACCGCCCAAGUCAUCCAAGAGGAGUCGUCAGAUGGGCAAUUAUCUAGUCAUUAGUGCCUUUGCACCUGUGCCUCUGCAGCCGUGGACUCGAUACUCCCGUUUAGUCAUGGCGUCGGUAAAUAUGGAAACCUCACCUCUGCUUGAUCGCCAGGGUUCGCCAUCGAUGCCUCAGGAAGAGCGCCCAUUUAGAACGGUUACCUUCGAUCCUAUCGCCGAAAACAAGAGGAGGAUAUCAAAUGAUAUGGCAACCUCGAGGGACAUCUCAAAAGCUCCCCGCAACCCAUCAAUGCAAACUGCUUCUGGUAGUGGAGGCUCUCCCAACUUAGCAGCUUUGAAUAGCAAGUUCCUUCGUCGACAUAGCCCCAGGGCACCCUACAACCAGGUAGCCUCGGCUUCCGCUCCAAGCCAUCCGAAAAUUGGCCCUCAGCGAACAUCCAAAAACACCCAGAAGCUUAAGUUGCUUCCCAAUCCCGUUACGGGUGAAGAGGCCCAAUUUUCGGAAGAAGAAAUCCCGAGAGAAGUGUAUUCGCAGAUCGCCCGGAUUAAAGAGCCAACUGCUAGAAAGCACGCCGCAAGGCUGGGUAAAGCAGAUCGGGACCACGUUCCGCGUGUGACAGCAUACUGCACUGCGAGUUCAUAUUCAAUAGACGGUGUUGUGAGGUUUCUUAAAUCCCGUGCUGAUACUAGAGGCUCUAAUCCGAAGUUGUUCGAUGAAUGCGUAUAUUCGCCUUAUAACUAUGACUAUGUGCAGAAGAUCCGGCAGUCCAAUUCGCUUAAGGAAGAUGACAGGGAAAUAUCAGCAGUUUCAGAAAUUUCUAGUCAAGGACAUGAGGGGCAGCGUGUUUCAUCUGAGAUCGAGGACGAAGACCAAAGGAUUCAACGGCAGGAGGGCCUUAUCGACCUGGGAGAGAAUCACCAUGGUCCGCAAGCAGACUCCUCCACUGCAAUACCUGCCACCAACACGCUAGACACUAUAUCCACCACGGACGAUGCGAACGGGCCUGAUUUCGACACCACAAUCUACACACCAGAAAUAUUUCUUUUCGACUACGGCACCGUAGUAAUAUGGGGCAUGACACCUGCCCAAGAAACCCGCUUCCUCCGCGAAGUAUCUAGGUUCGCCACUGCCGUCCUCAGCACUGAAGACACGCAGAUCGAAAACUUCAACUUCUACUACACCCGUGACUACCAAGCGCGCAUCUACAACGACUUCAUCUCCCUACAAGACCCGCACAAUUACAUGACCAAACUCGCCAUCUCCCACGCGCUCUCUCAGUCUGUCAAGACGUCAUUGUUUGAAGACCUCGUUUCGGAAACCAUCGCGAAGACCUCACCCCUGCCAGCGCAGAUUGCGGAGACAGGUAGUGUGAACCUGCCGCGUAGACAGAUUAAUAUGCAGAUUGGAGAAUUGUUUAUCCUUCGCAUUAAUAUACAUUUGCAGGGAUCUGUGUUGGAUAGUCCUGAGCUCAUGUGGGCGGAACCGCAGUUAGAGCCUGUGUAUCAAGCUGUGCGUAGCUACCUGGAGAUGGACCAGCGGGUGGGAUUGUUGACGGAGAGGUUGGACGUGAUUGCGGAUUUGCUUGCCGUCUUGAAAGACCAGCUGAGUCAUCGGCACGGAGAGUACCUGGAAUGGAUUGUAAUCAUCCUCAUCGCCGCUGAAAUCGUCGUUGCGGGCAUAAACAUCGUUGUCGACCUGUACGCUGGAGUCGACUAGAAAAGCUACUCAGCGAAGAGCAGGAGUUAAAUCAUACCGUACCUGUUAAGGACUAACGAUCUUCAUACAUACUUCAUCUGUCUCAGCCCUCCUCCAUGUCCCAUGUUCUAUACAUUUACUUUUCCGCGAAUACAGAUAAAUGUCCUGUAUCAUAAAAUACUUUCUCCACCCUGCAGAUCUGUAUUACAUACACUGUACAUACAUAUGUUCUUCAUGUCGUUAUUACAUAUUUAUCCAGCUGUUACAGAGAGUUCUGUAGGGUGGUUCUGGCUCCGAUUCUCAUUCGGAUUUCAAUUCCUAUUUCUUUACUUCUCUCU